GCGCGCAGACGAUUUCAUGAGCGGUGAGCUGGAAGUAAGACUGUCCUAUGAUGAGCGCGCACCGGUGCCGGCUGUAGGGGGGAGAGGACGCUGACUGAACCGGUUAUCUUCGUAUAUCAAAAUCCUUUUUCAUAGUGUUUCAUGUUUUUAAUGUAGAUAAAUCCUUAAAGAGUUUGACUGAUUAAAUAGAUUAAAAUAAAAUCCCGAGGAUGCUUACAGACAUGAUUGUGGAGGAAGAAUUUGAGAUAAAGGAGGAGGAACCGUGGUACGACAAGCAAGACCUUGAACAUGACCUGCAGCUGGCAGCCGAGCUGGGGAAGACCCUUCUGGAGAGGAACAGGGAGCUGGAGCAGGGGCUCAAGCAGAUGUACUCCACCAACCAGGAACAACUGCAGGAGAUCGAGUACUUGACAAAACAGGUGGACCUCCUCAGACAGGUUAACGACCAGCACGCAAAAGUGUACGAGCAGCUUGACCUGUCGGCCCGAGAGCUGGAGCAGAGCAACCACAAACUUGUUCUGGACAACCGGGCAGCCCAGCAGAAGAUCCAAGGGCUUACAGAAACAGUGGAGCUACUGCAGAUGCAGGUGGAGGAGCUGCAGCAUCAGGUGGAGGAGCUGAAGCUGAGUCCCUUUCCACCUCAGAAACCUUUGCACAGAGAGAGCUGGCCUCGCAGCACUUACAGCGUGUCCUGUCUGCAGGAGCUGCAAAACACACUCAGGUACGACUACGAUCCCGACAAACCCUCAAAGGAUAUCGAGCCGUCUACCACAUCAUGGCAGGAAGAGGAGCAGGACUCGCUGCGACAGUCCCUCCAUGCUCUUCAGACACAGUUUGCCAUUGAGCGUGCUCAGAGGGAAGAAGCAGAGCGAGAGGCUGAGCUGCUCGCCAGAGAAAAUGCAGAGCUGGAGCAGCAGCUGGCCGGGAUGGCAGGAUGUCAGGCCAGACUGUCUGAGCUGGAGCGCGAGGCGGAGGAGCUUCGUCAGCUCUGGAAAUCAGAAUCCUCUACAAGAUGCAACAGGCCGGACGUCCUCCACGGCCUGCUGCCGCACACAGUGUUCCUCAACCCAGAGGAGGAGAAUGACGGAGAGGCAUCUUUGGCUAAAAGCCCCGCGGUCCUAAAGCGCUGGAGAAGUGAGCGGCUGAUGAAGGCGACGCAGAUGCCAGACUCUCCUGACAGGGUCUAUGACCACGAGUGCUCCUGUGUGCGCCGAGCCGAGGUAGUGAAAUAUCGCGGGAUCUCGCUGCUCAACGAGGUUGACGCCCAGUACAGCGCCUUGCAGGUGAAGUACGACGAGCUGCUUCGGCGCUGCCACUCUGAGGAAGACGAGCAGGACAAACUGAGCCACAAGUCAGUGCAGACUGCAUCCCUCAUCGCCACCACAUUCCCUCCUCUGACAGACAGGGAGGACUUUGAGGAUGACUUUCACCAGCCGGAGUACAAGGAACUCUUCAGGGAAAUUUUCUCCCGCAUCCAGAAAACCAAAGAAGACCUGAUUGAAAACCGGGGGAAACACUCAGCUGGGAAAGCUCUGCCUAAUUAAACACUUGUAAAAAGUUAAAAGGGGAAAAAACAAGAACAAAAAUGAAAGACUGAUAAGCUUUUGAAAAGCUUCAACAUAGCAGCCUAUCGGUGCUCCACCAGCCUCUAGUUAACGGUGCGUCUCAGAGGUGCUGAGCAGAAAGGGAACAAAAGCAAUAAAAGUUGUUGGCCAGGCAGCUAAACAAUGACUGCAUCUCGUCUCAGCUCUGUGGGGUCAUUAUCACAUGAUCACAAUCGCUUUUAUAUAUUAACUCCAAAUGGCGUUGCUGUUUCUGGGAAAUUUCCUACAUCAUUAUUAGGAAAUUAUGGACCUGUGAAACAGAAGACCAUCUCUGUUUUGGGAUUUUUUUUGUUUGUUUGUUUUAUUUCAGCUCAUGUGAGCUGAAAUACUUUAUAAUUUAUAGUUUUCUUCACCACUGUAGCAAAAAAGUGAAUUUCUCGAUGGUAGUUUUCCUGCACUUGUUAGAGUCACCAUUGCAAGAUUGACUAAUUAUAGGUAUACAAUGAAUGACGUAUUUGUGAUGGAGUUCAGAGGUGAUUUUAGGUGCUCUAAUAUAUUAGGAUUUUUGUAACUGAUGCAUUAUCCUCCUGAAUUUAUACUUGAUUGUCUUAUGGUAGUUUAGAUGGCUGUAAGCGAAUGUUAUAAUAAAGUUUACCAAAAUAUUAA